GCCAGGUAGCAUCACUAAAGAAGAAGAAUUUCCCUCCAAAAUAUCACGGUUUAUUUUGCCAACAGCGAGCUAAGAAUUUGUUUACCAACUGAAUGAGUGAGCCAACUCGAUGAGCACCAUCCUAGACAACUUUCGAAGCGCCGAGAAGAUCGGCGAGGGCACCUACGGGAUAGUUUACAAGGCGCGGAGCAACGCCACCGGCCAGGAUGUGGCGCUCAAGAAGAUUCGGCUGGAAGGCGAAACGGAGGGCGUUCCCUCGACGGCCAUUCGAGAGAUCUCCCUGCUGAAGAACCUCAAGCACAAGAAUGUGGUCCAACUAUUCGAUGUGGUCAUCUCCGGCAACAAUCUUUACAUGAUAUUUGAGUACCUGAACAUGGAUCUGAAGAAGCUGAUGGACAAAAAGAAGGACGUUUUCACCCCUCAGUUGAUAAAAAGCUAUAUGCAUCAGAUAUUAGAUGCCCUCGGCUUUUGCCACACCAAUCGUAUACUGCAUCGCGAUCUCAAGCCCCAGAAUCUACUCGUAGAUACUGCAGGCAAAAUAAAAUUGGCUGACUUUGGCCUGGCAAGGGCCUUCAAUGUGCCCAUGAGGGCCUACACCCACGAAGUGGUCACCCUUUGGUACCGAGCACCUGAGAUUCUGCUGGGCACCAAGUUCUACUCCACGGGCGUAGACAUCUGGAGUCUGGGCUGUAUUUUCUCAGAGAUGAUCAUGCGCCGCUCCCUAUUUCCCGGAGACAGCGAAAUCGACCAGCUCUACAGGAUAUUCCGCACCUUGAGCACCCCCGAUGAAACCAAAUGGCCGGGAGUGACGCAGCUGCCGGAUUUUAAGGCCAAGUUUCCCAAGUGGGAGACAACCAACAUGCCACAGACCAUAACCGAACACGAGGCCCAUGAACUCAUUAUGUCGAUGCUGUGCUAUGAUCCCAACCUGCGCGUCUCUGCCAAGGACGCCCUGCUGCACGCCUACUUCCGCAAUGUGAAGCAUGUUGACCAUGUGGCCCUGCCCGUGGAUCCCAAUGCGGGCAGUGCCUCGCGUUUAACGAGGCUCGUGUGA